AAGUAACUGACAGCUGAUAGUUCAGUUCAUUUCGGUAAUUCGCAGUGAGAAGCAGGCUGUAGUGGCACGCGACAAAAGGUAUAUCUACAUAUUACCAGAAAGAGGGCAAUUUAGACUUUUAGAAAAAUGAGUGAUGCGCUUAAAAUUAUUGGCGCUGUCGUUUUGCCAAAUGUAGGUGGCUUCGUGAACGGCAUUAUAACACGCAAAAACAUACAGACUUGGUAUAAAAACCUAAAUUUUCCAUCAUACCGUCCGCCAAAUUGGAUUUUUGGUCCAGUAUGGACUUCACUGUACUCCGGCAUGGGCUAUGCCUCUUACUUGGUGUGGCGUGAUGGCGGUGGUUUCAGCGGCGAGGCCCAAUUGCCCCUCAUUGCGUACGGUACGCAGUUAGCACUCAAUUGGGCGUGGACACCAAUUUUCUUUGGACUGCGUAAUAUAAAAGGAGGUCUCAUCGAUAUUAUUGCGCUGACUGCAACAUCUACAGCUUGCGGCAUUCUCUUCUUUAGAGUGAAUAAAGUAGCUGGGCUUUUGUUCAUUCCAUACGUCGCUUGGCUUAGCUUCGCAACGGUACUCAAUCACGCCAUGUAUAAACUGAAUCCUGAAAGUAAAGCUGUAAACGCUGCUGCUGCUGGUGAUGAUGAUGAGAAAAAGGAAAACGUAUGAUGUCACUUUGGCUAUGUGAUGCCUUUAACGCUCUAUUCAUGGUCACUGCUGUUUUCAAUUACUGCGUUGCACUUAUUGCAAUGCAGUAAAGUAUACAAAUAAACAACAACAACAACAACAACAAAACGAUAAUUAAUUUAAUCUUAAAUAUUAAGCUUUGGCUGUGGCCUGUAACAAUACGCAACCAAAAAAUAUUUGCUUAUUUGUAUGUAUGAAUGUAUAUAGUAUGUACUUUUAUAUAUUUUCACACAUGUUGCCUCAAAAUGUUUCAACGAUGUCGGGAGUUUCAGACAUUGUGCUUAAUAAGGAAAAAUUAAAAUAUUAAACGAUCAAA